AUGUUAACAUCAAAUUCUGGUUUCAUGCAAUUUGAAUACUAUGAGAAAAUUGCAAAGGAGGUGUCUAAACAUGAAAUACUUUUGAAAAGAGAUAUUAAUACAAAAAAUGUCAGAUUGAAGGCUCAACACAAGAAAAAAGUUACAGAUGCCUAUCUCGAACUGGCCAAAACCUUUUAUCUAGCAGAUGAAACAGCCGGGUACAAAUUGCUAGAACAUCUUGUGAACUUUUGCUUGGGACUGAUAUGCAAGAAAGUACGCAAAGGUGUACAUCAGAAUCGUUAUGGCGUGCUUAGUACUUGCCCGAGUUGGGUUCAAUCUUUGGAUAAGCCUUUCUCUCUAAUGCAAGGAGUAUUUAAGCGAAUCCGAAAAUCUAGGAGACCAAAGAUGGCGAGAUGUUUGUUCUGUUUCGAGUUGCUAGGUGCAGUAAACCGUGUGUUAGAUAACAAGUCGUAUGAGUCGAGAUGUGUGCUAAUAAUGGAUAAGGAGACUGUGCGAAACCAUGCCGUGUCGUUGGGGUUGUCAGUCGAAAAGAUUUAUAAUGUAUGGAAGAAAAUGUAUCGACAAUCGGUCUUAAAAUUAGAUUACCUGUUAGAGGCUGGCGAUAUCACCAAAAAUGUGGCGCCGUCAUUACAAAUCACGAAGUUCGAGAAGAAAGUUCUAGAUCUUGGCUUAUUGUACGACUUGAAAAUACAAGUCGUAAAGAAGAUAUCCUUCAUAAUCGACCAGGAACUACAAGUACUGAUGUUAUUAUACAAACUAAUGGUCGCAGCGCAAGAAAUCUACGAUAGUUAUGUGACACAUAAAAAUGGCGCCCAAACGGGGGCAGAUAAUACAAUAUAUCAAUCGUGUUUAAAUAUUAAAGGAAAUGAUGAUGAAAAAUUAAAUUGUAACGAUACUUUUAUUACACAAAAUGUAGAAAGUCAUCUUAAACAGAGAAAUUAUACACAAGAAACACUUGAAAUAUGGGCGUUGGUCUAUUUAGAAUAUUGUAGACGUGGAUUUGACGGGUCAUUCGUGUUACUACAAAAGCGUUGGCACGAAUUGAAGAGUAUAACUAGAAAGCUUCUAAAUCCGAGUAUGAGGAAAAACAAACAAAUACCACAUGUGUUGUUGAUGUCUAUGGCUAAACGGUUUCCACAUAUAAUGACAGACGACUGGCCCAAUUGGCUCACACUUGUGAAAAAUAAUCAAAUAUAUUUUGAAUCUGACAUUGCUGCUUUACCCGAAGAAUUGAAGACUAUGAGACUACAUAAUGUUAAAGAAAAUGUUAAUGUGAACGAUCUAUUGAUAGAAUUACACGACGAGCACGUUGAUGGCGUGCAAGUUAUUGAAUCUAUCAUAGAAACUAUAGUGAUCGAUAGUGACAGUGAUAAUGAUAUUUAUAAUUAUAAUGAUAAUGAUAUUUAUAAUUAUAAUGAUAAUGAUAAAACUUAUAAUAACAAAAACUCUAUAAUUCCUGAAUCUACACGAGAAAAUAAUAUAACAGAACUACAAUUUGAAGAAUCAUCACUACCAGAGAGAUUGAACAAUAUAGAUCCUUCAAAGAUGAAAACAACGGUCAUUCUAGAAGAGGACUACGAUAUCGAUAAGGAGUUGCGGAUAUAUGAAAUGAAUGAAAGAAAUAAUGCUGCAAUGAAUAAUGUUGUUGGAAAUGAAUUUCGUAUGUCCAAUUAUACAAAAGUUACGGAUGAUACUGAUGGGGAUGUAACAUUGUUUAAGAUAAACACAAAUUUUAACCAUUCAAGUGAUGAUUCGAUAAAGCCUUCAAGUGAUUUGGUUGAAGAUAUAUUAAAUGGUAGCGACGAGUUAGAACCAGAUGUCGUAAAUGAUAAAGAUAUUAACGAGGUCGUCGUAGAUAAAAAAUUAAUCCAAUUAUCGCAUGUAAUAUUGAUUCCUUUAGAAAAUUUAAGUCCAUGGCAAAAAUUUUCACGUGACAACGUCAUACGUUGUAAAAGGAUUAGGACGAAGAAAUUAUCGGAAAAAAUUAAAAUUAAUUCGAAACAACUGUCCAAAUGUAGACCAUACAUGCCGACGCCGAAUGUCAAAGCCCAAACUGAUAAUCAAAUAACAACCCACACAAAUAAUCUAAUAACGAUCCAAGACAAUAAAAUACGAAAAAAAAUGCAAAAUAAACGUAAAUUUUUAAUGCGAUACUUGAAAUUGUCGAAGACAUGUUGUUCGAAUGAAUUUUGGAGUGAAAGAAAUAUAAAUUUACUCGAACAAUGUAAGCCGGUGAGUGUAACUUUGAACAGACUGACGAGAAUUGCGAAGAAAGUAGAAUUGUCCGAUCUUGAUGAAAUUCGUCGUAUGAAUAAGACGAUUUCGACGGCACAAGUAGCGCCUAUAACUCACGCGCAUAGCAACGAACACGCACUAAAUAAAUCUAUUGAAACAAUUGAACAAAACAACGCUGAUAAAGAAGAAACAACGAAAAUGGAUAGUUGUUCACAAUUUGAUGAUUCUUCAUCGAAUUCCAAAACCAAUCCAGUUAUGGAUCAUGAUGAAAUAAGAAAGCAGUUCAAACAAAUUGUGGUCAAAAAAUACACAAGCAACGCAAUAUUAAAUAAAAGGAACGAUACAAAAGCUACAUCAGAAGGUGAAAUAAAGCAGUUAAAUAACAGCAUCAGCAAAGAUAUAUCUAACAUGCUCAACAUUUUGGUAAAUAGAGAUUUCAAAAUACCUGUCGGUAACCACGUACCGUUGAAACAAAAAAAGCGUCGCCGUAAGAAAAAUGAUUGUAAGCUCCCAGAUGAAGAUGAUUCCAAAGAAGUUGUAACUUACAACAGUGUUGACGAAUGGCAACGGCAGAAAAGUGACAGACUUAAAUAUUUUAAUAUCAAACCUUUUUCAAAAGGGGUCAAUAAAAAAAAUGAAAAAGAUGACCGUAAAGAAGAAGAUAAAAAAAUGUCAACUGAAAUACAACAAGAUGGUAGCGACGAUGUACAAGUUAAAGCUCUAAACGAAGUAGAUAAACUGCUAAAAGAUGUAUCAGAUUUGGAUACGUCAAUAAAAACCGAAAUAAACGAAAUAAAAAACAGUAUAAACGAAAUAAGAACCGGAAUAACAGUUAAUAACGGUAUAAACGAAAUAAAUACCAAAACAUCAAUAAGUAACGAAGUUAACGAAAUAAACGAAAUAAAUACUGGAAUAUCAAUAAAUAACGGAAUAGACGAAAUAAACAACGGAAUAGAUGAAACCAAUUCAGAGAUGUCGAGCGAUAACUAUACGGACUUAAUAAUUCUCAACAGCGAUAAUGAUGAUGAUGUUAAACCUAAUAUCGAUGAUAUAUCAAAAUUGAAUGAAAAUGUAAAUAAAAUUAGUCUUAACGAAAUACCCGUUCCAGAACUCGUUAAAAUUUCAACUAAAUCGUCACAUCAGACGUCAAAUCCAACGGUCGACUACAACAGUCACAAUGUGAUAAAUCUUCUAUCAAAAGUCGCUUAUAACAUCAAAUCUAACAACCAAAAUGUCCAAACAAAACUCUCCACAGUAAGUGAACCUCCGCCGCUUCAAUUAAUAGAAAAUAAUCACAGUAACAUCAUCGAUAGCGCACCAUUAGAUCCACUAAAUAGCCGAAGUACAACAUAUUAUCUUAUUAAAGCCCCAUCAGAAAUUAAAACUCCUUUAAACAAUUACCCAAUGCCAGUCAUACAAAGUAUAGAAUCUCUCUCAUCAGGAGAAACGGUUACGCUUACGAACACAGAUAUCGUCAAUAAGGCUCCUAUAAAACGGGAAAUCCCCGGUAGUUCAAACGUAAAAAGCUUUAAAUCUAACGAUCCUUUGACAAAUAAAAAAAUAAAAAAAGAG